AUGGACAAGCGGACGUUUGAGCAUGUCUCGAUCCAGACAGUUCCGGACCCCACCGACCGACGCCGUCGUCUCACAUUCAUCACGUUGGCCGGAAACUAUCCAUAUAUGGCAUCAAGGUACAACUUAAAUCUCCGCCAAGGCUGCAACUCCAUCGGUGGAAAAUUCCACCAGAUUGUCUCAGAGAAAACAGGUCCAGACCAAUAA